AUGAAAGAAUAAAGUAAUACAUGUCCAAUAUCUAUUUCUGAUGUUAAAGAAGUUUUAAAGCCUAAAUUAUUAGUAUUUAAUAAAAAAAUUGUAUGUGCUGACUGUAAGAAAUGGAUAUUAAAAUAAAAAUAUGUUAAUUGUAUAAUUUGUGAAGAUGCUUAUCAUUUUAAUUGUACGGUAUAAAAUUUGAAAAUAUAUAUAGAGUUAAAAAUAAAAAGUAUUAUCUAAAGAUUGGACAUGUUUACGUUGUAUAGAAUUAAAAAAUACUUUUCCAGAUACAAAUGAUGUUGAAAUUGAUAGUAUUUGCUAAAAAUGUUCUAAAGAAGUAAAUACAUAAGAUUAGGAGUUAUGCUCAAAAUGUAGUAAAAUAUUUCAUAAAAAAUGUUAUGGAUCAAAAACAAUAUCACCAAUAUGUAACUUUUGUUAUUAAUAAAAACCACCAAAAAUAAUGGUAAAUAAUAAAAUGAAUCAACUACUUAAUUUAAGUAUUCCAAUAACAUGUUCAAAUUAAUUUAUACUACCCUGUUGUGUUUAUGAUGAUAAACUCAGAUAGAAUUGCUUUCAAUCUUUGUAAUAUGCAUUAUAUUGUUAAAACAUAAAUUUUAAUGAUGAUUUAGUUUAUCAAUCUGUGAAAAAAGAAUUAAAUAAUGGAUACAGUGAAAAAUUAGAUCCAUUAAUAGGAAAAGAUCUGAGAGCUUUUAAAUAAUAUAAAUAAGUAACUAGGAGUGGUUUUUAUGGCCCUUUAAUAGUAGAAUAUAAUUUAGAUUAGGGAUUUUAUGUUAAAUCUGUUUAACCUAUUGCUUAUAAAACAUUAAUUUGUGAAUAUGUUGGAGAUGUAUUUAGAUUUGCAGAUCAAGUUUAUAGUACUUCUGAUUCAAUGAUGAGUUUAUUAGAAACUGGAUUUGCUGCAACAUCUCUUGUAAUAAUUCCUGAAAAGAAUGGAAAUAUAGCAAAAUAUUUAUCAGGAAUAAAUAAUAGUAAAAAGAAUAGUAAGAAAAUAUAAUAGAAUGUAAAAUCUAGAAGAUACAAUGUUGAAGGUGAAUCUAGAGUGAUAUUAUAUGCCUGUAGAGAUAUAAAAUCAGGAGAGAUAUUAUAUUAUGAUUAUAAUGAAGGGGAAUUCAAAUAUAAUACAAAUUACUUUGUUUGA